AUAGCUGAGAAAAAAAACGCCUCAUGACCAAGAGUUUAUUGCAUCGCUCACGUCAAAAAACACGAUUGGCCGCAUCAGUCGGCGUCACUACGACGGAUAGCCCUACAGAGCAGGUUUGCAACUUCCGUAGCACACGGUCGUUGACGACCAUGUCUUUGCGCGCCGCCGAUGGGUCGACGGAUGUACCCACUAGUGGGUAACCGUUGCAACUUCAAGCUUAACCGACCUUGCCUCAGCGACAUCAUUCCGCGGGCUGUAGGCCUAACCAUUGCACAUGCGUCUGCCUGUGUGGCGCGCGUACCUGACUACAGUAUGCACCGCAGAUUGACACCGUGUACGCACGGUAUCGUGUCCGGGAGAGGCAUAGUCCUGCAUUUGCUUUCACUGUUACCAGCAGCAUGGAGUGUUCGCAGAAGAGUCCACUCAAGGAACUUGCUACGACGCUUUUGAUCUUAUUCUCGAUGCUCAACGCUGGGGGAUCGUCGCUACCUCCGAAAACUAACCUUCCGAUUGUCAAUCGCUUCAUUGCUCCUGACGGGUUCAAUCGAUCGACAGUCUUAGCAGGAGGUGUCUUUCCUGGGCCCCUGAUCGCGGCUAACAAGGGCGACGAAUUUGCCAUCAACGUGCAAGAUCAACUGCACGAUCCUACAAUGAACCAGACCACCAGUAUCCAUUGGCAUGGCAUCCAGCAACGCGGUGGGACUAACUGGGCGGAUGGCCCUGCCUUCGUAACUCAAUGCCCUAUCGCACCCGGUCAUUCCUUCCUCUAUCGAUUCAAUAGCUUUGAUCAAACAGGGACCUACUGGUACCAUUCUCACGAAACUUUGCAGUACUGCGAUGGUCUAAGAGGUCCUUUAGUAAUCUAUAACCCCGACGAUCCUCAGAAACAUUUGUACGAUGUUGAUGAUGAAUCGACCAUCAUUACUCUCGCGGAUUGGUACCAUCAGGUUUCGCUCCAAGUGCAGGGUCCUUUCAAUGAGUCAUCUACCCUGAUUAAUGGUAAGGGAAGGUUCGCUGGUGGCCCAAACGUCGACUUAGCUGUCAUCAACGUUGAAAACGGAAAACGCUACCGUUUCCGGCUCGUUUCGAUCAGCUGUGAACCAGCAUACAAUUUCUCGAUCAACAGUCAUUCCAUGACCGUCAUCGAGGCGGAUGGCAAUAGCGUAAACCCUGUCACUGUUGGCUCGCUGCAGAUUUUCCCUGGUCAACGGUACUCGUUCGUGCUCACGGCCAAUCAACCCGUAGACAAUUACUGGAUCCGCGCUCAGCCCAACGUCGCCAUGGAUUCUAGCUUCAACAAUGGCUUGAAUAGUGCUAUCUUGCGCUACGCUGGGGCAAAUAAUGCGGAGCCAACGCAAGCCCAUCCCUCGCCAGGCAUACCACUUCUGGAAACGAACUUGCAUCCCACGCAAAAUCCAGCUGCUCCUCAAAACAGUCACGGGGAGGCCGAUGUCGUGAUCAAUCUCAACUUCCUCUUUAAUGCGACUUCAGGCCAUUUUACGGUCAACGGUGCUUCGUUUCUCCCGGUUCGACCAUUCGUGCCUGUUCUUUUGCAAAUCCUUAGCGGGGCGAAGACUGCGCAGCAGCUCCUCCCUCCUGGAAGUGUGAUGCCUUUGCCACGAAAUAAAGUUAUCCAGGUGUCCAUGCCAGGGAAGAAUGUGUUUGCAGCGGGAGGACCACAUCCACUCCACUUGCACGGACAUGCAUUCUCUGUUAUCCGAAGCGCCGGUAGCAAUGUGACCAAUAUCAUGAAUCCAGUCAGGCGAGACGUUGUCAGUAUCGGCGACGACUCAGACGACGUUCUCAUACGCUUCACGACCGACAACCCAGGCCCGUGGAUCCUACAUUGUCAUAUCGACGAUCAUCUUAACCGUGGGUUCGCAGUCGUCUUCGCGGAAGACAUCCCAGACAUACCAAAAGUUGAUCAAGUUCCACAAUCUUGGAAGGAGCUCUGUCCCAUCUACGACGCAUUACCGGAUAGCCAAUUGUAG